UUCAAAAUGGCCGCCUUCAAUUGUUUUGUACCAAAGUUGACGAAGUUGCUAUGUAUGCAGCGACCUCGUAUGUUCUGGAAGCGCCAGAAGCUGAGAAAUUCAUAUUGCUGCCUGUUAAAAAGAACUGCCACCACGGGCGUAGAGUCAUUACGUGAUGACGGCGUCCCGUAUCUGAUAACAACGCCUAUCUUUUAUGUCAAUGCCGCUCCACAUAUUGGCCAUUUAUACACAGUUAUGUUAGCUGAUGCAGCCUGCAGAUGGCAACGAUUGAAAGGACAACAGGUGCUGUUUUCUGUUGGAACUGAUGAACAUGGCUUGAAGAUUCAACAAGCAGCAGAGUCACACAACACUUCCCCUCAACUGUACUGUGACAGAGUAUCAGCUAUGUUCAAGGAUUUAUUCGAGAAAGGAAACAUUACCUACAAUGAGUUCAUUCGCACUACAGAAAACAGGCACUUUGAAGCAGUGCAGACAUUUUGGGAGAUUUUACAAAAUCGAGGUUAUAUCUACAAGGGACAAUAUGAAGGAUGGUAUUCCAUAUCAGAUGAAGCUUUUCUCACAGACGAAGAAGUUCAAGAUACCACUUCUCACGAUGGAAAAGUUCAGAAGGUGGCAGUCAGUAGUGGGCAGCCUGUGACAUGGAUGAAAGAAGAAAACUACAUUUUCCGACUUUCUGCUUUUAAUCAACAGCUUACAUCAUGGUUGGAUGCAAAGGUAAUACAACCUGCACAGUUUGAGCCAUUGGUGCGAAGCUGGGUGGAGAAUCUUCCAGAUCUUUCUGUUUCAAGACAGAGACAGAGACUUAGCUGGGGCAUUCCUGUGCCAGGUGACAGCUCUCAAACAAUUUAUGUUUGGCUAGAUGCUCUUAUCAACUACCUGACAGUUGCUGGCUACCCCUCAAAGUUUCAGCAUGCGUACUGGCCUCCUGCAUGCCAGGUGAUUGGCAAAGACAUUCUAAGGUUUCAUGCUGUUUACUGGCCAGCGUUUCUUUUUGCUGCUGGCUUGUCUCCUCCGUCCAAGAUUCUUUGCCACUCCCACUGGCUAGUUGAUGGCCACAAGAUGUCAAAAAGUCGUGGGAAUGUCGUGGACCCCAUGGAUAGGCUAGAGAGAUAUACAGCAGAUGGGCUGAGGUACUUUCUCCUGAAAGAAGGGGCCUAUACUUCUGAUGGCAACUACAGUGAUGCCCGGGUUGUGGAACGUAUUAACAGUGACCUGGUGAAUAGCAUUGGAAACCUACUGAAUCGUGUAACAGCGCCAUCUGUCAACAAGCAGCAGUACUUUCCAGCCCUUGAUGACAUCACGGACCUCUCGAAGUUUUUAUCACAAGAAGAUGUUGAAAAAUAUCACUCUCUGGCUGAAUUAGCAGAUCAAAUCAGUUUGCUGUAUGAUGACUAUGCAUUCUCAAGAGCUCUGGAUAAACUUCUGACCCAUAUCUACUGGGCCAAUGGUCUUGUCCAGGCCCAUGCACCGUGGGUACUUGCCAAGUCCAGUGAUGCAGAAUCCCAAAGACAUUUAAAGACUAUUCUACAUGUUGCUAUGGAAACGCUACGCAUCUGUGGCAUCCUUUUACAGCCUGUAAUACCUGUGCUAUCAGAUAGAAUGCUUACAAGGCUUGGGGUAUCACAAACAGAUCGUGGUAUUGCUGACUGUAAGCAGAACAGUCUGCCUAUUUUGCUAGGCAGCCAAGUAUUGUUGCUGAAUAGAAUCAGCGCAAGUAAAUAGCAAGGUGAAUCAAAUUAAUAAUAGUUAUAUUGACUGCAUAUAAUAAUGCAAAAUUUGUAAAGCGCGUACUCACACUCCUAAGGAGUAAUGCUCUUAGCGCUUAAGAACAAGAACGAAACAUGGACAGGAUACGAGGGACAGGAAAAUAAACAACAUAUGAACUAUAAAAGAAUAAACAACCGUACUAAACGAAGAAUAAAAUCGAAUACAGAAAACACAAAGAGGAACCAAAUGACAAGAGCUGAGAGUUGCUAGCUCGGCGUGAAACACUAUUAAUCCACACACACACGCACCAUUACUUCCAUUCCCCUUUUUAAAGUGACCAGCCGUAAAACAAAGCCUAUCACCCUCAGCACCACCACCUCGCAAUUCACCCUAUCGACAACAAGAUCCAAACAAUGAAACAUGUUUGUAGACGGUGAGUUCCAAGUGCCCGCGUGCAUGCGUGAUGGAGGUGGAGGUGCAUCAGAGAACACGAACUUGACAAUUUAUUUGUUGUUUUUAUCAGAUGUUAUUGUGCGCACUAUGUACCAUGGCACAAACAUUUGAUAAACACGUCAGUAUCAGCAAACAACUUAGUCGUGUAAAUAAGACUAUUGUGGCAGCAACAGUAUCUCCAAGUCCAGCUGUCUGAACAUGUGCCCACCGUCUUCAUUAUCCUGAUUAAACUGUACCUACAUG